AUGCGGAAUCAUGGUAGCUUUUGGCUGCUCUACCUUCUAAUUCUGGUUGUAAUAUUUAUUAAAGUUUAUCCGAGAACCAGGAGGGUGGUGGAUGAUCCCGUUGUGGCCAAGGAACAAUUGGUUUGGCCUAACCCUCUGGAAAAGCAAGCAGCACCUGUUGAGAAGCCGCGAGUUCGACCAACUCAAGGCACCGUCCGCCCAGAAUAUCUGCAGCAGGCCCACAAAUGUAUGAGAGACCAGCUGGCGACGAAAGUCGACCGAGAUGUGUGGGAGGAUUUCAGCAAGGUCGUCAAGAACUGCACCCCCUACGACGAGAUGCGCAUCAAAAUCUACAGCAACGCCGAGCGGUACAACUAUUUCCAGCGCCCCGCGCGCUACGAUGAGAACCCGUUUUUGAAAAAUGGGUGCAAUCUUGUGACGAUUGGGACGAGUGAGGACAUGCAAGCAGAGCUCUCAUUUUCAAAGGAUUUUCCGGCUUGUAAAUUCCUGGGCGCCGAUCCGAAACCGGAAAAAGAACGACAAUACGUUCAGGUCGGAAAGUUUGUGAAUCAACUCAUCACCCUGAAUGGAACGACUGCAGGAAAUUCGACGGCUAUAGGAAUCGUCCCAUUUUUCACUGAACACCUUCAAGAGUCAAAAAUCGUCGACGCGCUGUGGAUGGACAACGAGUACGAGGAGUACGACUUGUUGCCGGCGAUUUUACGCACAGACCCGCUAUUCCAGGCCGGAUAUCGUAUAUGUCAGCUUCAAGUCGAGGUGCACGGACACUUGGAAAAGCCGGAAAUCAUCGCAAAAUGGGCGCGCUUUGUGCGGCAGCUAUUCGACGAGGGCCGAUAUUUGCCGGUGCACUCGAUGCAGUCUGUGCAUAUUAGGACGUUCCUAUUCAACUUUGGCGACGAUGAGUGCUUCACGCGUUUUGUGGAAACGUUUUCGUUCGAUAGUGACGAGUUUUACCCGAUAAACGAG